AUGACAAGCACACCUGUUCUGACGUAUCAUANNGCUUGCGUUCAUCUUGUUCGGCUAAUANNGGGAGCCUUCAGUGGAUGUAUAUUGGCCUUCUUGGGCGGAGAGAAAGCUGGACGACGGCUAUCAAUGUGGAUCGCCAUGGUUUUCAUUGUACGUUUCAGAUCGAAGAGGGAUAUCGUAUCCUUAUUGAUUGGCUUANNGAUUGUCGGCGCAAUCCUGCAAACAACCUCUUACGGCGUUCCUCAAAUCCUAGUCGCUCGCUACAUCACGGGUAUUGGAACCGGUAUCGAGACCAGUACUGUUCCCAUGUACCAGAGUGAAUUGGUCGAAGCACACAAGCGUGGUCGCGUUGUCAGCUCUGAGCCUCUCUUCGUCGGCGUCGGUAUCGUUAUUGCCUACUUCUUCGAUUAUGGUAUCGCCUAUGCUGGAGGACCGAUCGCAUGGCGCCUACCAAUCGCUUGCCAGAUUUUCUUCGCGAUUAUUGUUGUAAUCAUGGUCCUUGGCGUCCCCGAGUCACCCAGAUAUCUCUACAAAGAAGGUCGUAACGAAGAGGCUUUACAGGUUCUGUGUGAUGUGUACGAUGGCACACCGGAUGAUCCGAAGAUCGCGAAAGAGCAAAAGGAUAUUCUGGAUGCUCUCGCACUGGAGCGCGAGCAUGGCGAAUACAAGUGGAGCCAGAUCUUCAAGCAAGACGAGGUGCAAACUGGAAAACGUGUUCUCCUUGCCUAUGGCAUGCAAUUCAUGAACCAAAUCGGAGGUAUCAAUUUAGUUGUGUGGUUUCGUGCAAACAAUGUUUUUCUUCGGUUCCUUGGUCCCCACGUUCUUGCUCGACAGAAUGGGCAGAAGACGAUCCUGUUGAGUUUCACACCGGAUCGCGGGUACUCGCAGAAGCUUAAUACCGCGACUGCGAGUGCGAGUGUUGCUUUCNNUUUUUACAUAUAUGUUUAUAUUUGGAGCAUCGGCAAACUGUAUUCCAUGNNGGUAUAUGUGCCUGAAAUUCUACCUCUUCAUGCGAGAGCAAAGGGAACCGCUAUCGGAAUCUCCUCAAACUGGCUCUGGAACUUUGUGGUUGUCAUGAUCACACCCACCCUCAUUAACAACCUGCAAUGGAAAGCCUACCUCAUCUUCAUGUGCACAAACCUCGCUUUUGUGCCCCUAGUCUAUUUCUGCUAUGUAUGUUUUCAUCCAUGUCUCCUGUACCAAACACCACCACUGACAUAUUACACANNGCCCGAGACUUCCAAUUUGACACUCGAAGAGGUGGACUAUCUCUUUGUCAAGGGUGGCAGAGAAGGAAUCCACAAGUUUACUGGCAAGAGUCAGCCUGUGAGGAUCAGUUUGAGUGGGGAUGUGGAGCAUGGUGCUGAAAAGAUGAGUGAAGAGAAGAGAGGUAGUGAAGGUGGUGCUGCGUUUGUGGAGGAUGUGAAUAAGGUUGAGAAGUAG